AUGACCCAGGUGGAUAUGAUAAACAACACCAGGGAUCCCGAGGACACUGAGAUAGAUAAACUGGAUCUUUCGAUUCAAUCAAGAGAUGCGAUGAGAGUAGUCAGGGAUAUCCUUCCCAUAACUCGCACUCUCCCUGGUAAGCUCUAUGGUGGUUUGGCCAAGAUGGACAGAGAUCACCUUGUUAAUGUCUUGAAGGAUGGGACUGGAUAG